GAUGAGUCAGAUGUAUUUUUUACUCUUCCUUAAUUUGGUAUAUAUUGGGUUAUCGACUUAUAUUGUGGGUGCCACACGAAAAUAAGGAUGGUCAAUUUUGGAGCCUAUAGAGCAAAAUUCUAGCUCAACUUGUCAUCUGCACCACUAGUCCACUACCUGCAUCUUGCAGCCCUCGCCCAGUGGUUUUCUACAUCCCUGUGCACAUGCUACUUGCAAACGAGCGUCACUUGCUACCACGCGGCAGACUAGAGCGAGAGAGCAGUAGCCACCAACCGCGCCCGCCAUGGCGCCGGCGGCCAACGGCGGUGCCGCCGCGGCGCACGUCCUGGUCGUGCCGUUCCCGGCGCAGGGCCACCUCAUCCCGCUCCUCGACCUCGCCGGCCUCCUCGCCUCCAGGGGGCUCCGCCUCACCGUCGUCUGCACGCCGGCCACGGCGCCGCUGCUCGUGCCACUCCUCGCCGCCACGCACCAGGGCGCCGUGUCCGCGCUCACCCUGCCGUUCCCGUCGCACCCGGCUCUCCCCGCCGGCGUGGAGAACGCCAAGGGGUCCGGGCCGGCGCUGUUCGCCAAGCUCAUCGUCGCGUUCGCGGGGCUGCGCGGCCCGCUGGGGACGUGGGCGCGCGCCAGGGCCGACACCCCCGACCGCGUCGUCGCCGUGCUAUCCGACUUCUUCUGCGGGUGGACGCAGGCGCUCGCGGACGAGCUCGGCGUGCCGCGCGUCGUGUUCUCUUCGUCCGCCGUGUACGGCACCGCCGUGCUCCACUCUAUGUUCCGCCUGAUGCCCAAGCGCGAGGACGAGCACGACGACGAGUGCCCGGUGAGCUUCCCCGAUAUCCCGGGCUCUCCGUCGUAUCCGUGGAGGCAGCUGUCCUUGCUUUACCGGUUCUACAAGGCCGGCGACGAGGUGUCCGAGGGUGUCAAGAACAACUUCCUCUCGAACAUGGGGAGCUCCUGCAUCGUGUCGAACACCUUCCGGCAGCUCGAGGGGCGGUACCUCGAGAGGCCUCUCGCCGACCUGGGCUUCAUGCGCGUGCGCGCCGUCGGGCCGCUGGCGCCGGAGCCCGACGCGUCCGGCAACCGCGGCGGCGAGACCGCCGUGGCCGCGUCGGACCUCUGCGCCUGGCUCAACCAGUUCGCCGACGGCGCCGUCGUGUACGUCAGCUUCGGGAGCAUGGCGGUCCUGCAGCCGCCUCACGCGGCGGCGCUGGCGGCGGCGCUGGAGCGGACGGGUACGGCGUUCGUCUGGGCCGCCGGGUCGCACGCGGCGGCGGCGCUCCCGGAGGGGUUCGAGGAGCGCGCGGCGGCGGGCGGCAGGGGCAAGGUGAUCCGCGGGUGGACGCCGCAGGUGCCCGUGCUGCGGCACCGGGCGGUGGGACGGUUCGUGACCCACUGCGGGUGGAACUCCGUGCUGGAGGCGGUGGCCGCCGGGGUGGCCAUGCUGACGUGGCCGAUGACGGCCGACCAGUUCGUGAACGCGCGGCUGCUCGUCGACGAGCACCGCGCCGCCGUGCCGGUCUCCUGGGGCGGCAUCGCGGUGCCGCCGAGCGCCGACGAGGUGGCGCGCGUGUUCGAGGCGACCUCUGCGGCGGCGGCGGCGGCUAGCGAGUGGAGCGAGGUGGGCGCGCGGGUGAAGGAGCUCGCCGGGGAGGCUGCGGCGGCGACGCGGGAAGGCGGGAGCUCGUGGCGGGAGGUGGACGAGCUGGCGCGGGAGCUGCGCGAGCUCGGGGGAUAGUAGAAGUCUGUGGCAAUGGCUUUGAUGCGACGUGGAUUCUCUUGGACUUUUCCAUUCUUUUCUGCAACUAAAUUUCGUGGGUUUGGACUUAAAUUUUGUUGGAAAUAAUGGACCGAUAAAAAUACUUGCUGAAAUGUGCCCAAAAGUGAAUUAUGUUGAGGUCAAUAUGGAAAUAAGUCUACUUUGAGUCUCCAA